GUGGCUGUCCAGUUGUUUCCCUUUCCCCGCCUCGCCUCAUCUGUCGGCUAAAAUACCCAUCGCCACCACCUGACCCGCAGCAGCCCGACUCUCCCCCCGCCCACCUAGACGGAAUCCCCCAAAACCCUACCGCGGAAAUUCGCCCGGCGAUCCGGAUCGCCGGGAGAGGGCAGCUCCGGAGGCCUGCUCGCGGCUCGGCGGGUUCGCGGCGGCGGUGCUGACCGGCUGACGCGGCGCUCCGCAGAUGGCCGAGGGCCGGCGCUACGGGAUCGCGCCGCAGCUAGACAUGGAGCAGAUACUGAAGGAGGCUCAGACCCGAUGGUUACGCCCUACUGAGAUUUGCGAAAUACUUAAGAAUUACAGGAAUUUCCGUAUAGCUCCAGAGCCACCAAAUAUGCCUGCAAGUGGUUCACUUUUCUUGUUUGAUCGGAAGGUAUUGAGAUUUUUUAGGAAGGAUGGCCAUAAUUGGAGGAAGAAAAAGGAUGGAAAGACUGUCAAAGAAGCCCAUGAAAGAUUAAAAUCUGGAAGCAUCGAUGUGCUUCAUUGCUACUAUGCUCAUGGGGAAGAGAAUAUAAACUUCCAGAGGAGGAGCUAUUGGAUGCUGGAGGAGGACUAUAUGCACAUUGUCCUUGUACAUUAUCUCGAAGUCAAGGCUGGAAAAUCAAGUUCUCGUACUAGGGGGCAUGAUAACAUGCUACAAGGGGCCUAUGUUGAUAGCCCUUUAAGCCACUUGCCUUCACAAAGUACAGACGGUGAAAGCUCACUUAGCGGACGCGCCUCUGAAUACGAGGCAGAAUCAGCGUAUCUAAAGCAAAAUUCGGUGCAGCAGAUAUUUAUUCGGGAGGAGCCGGAUACCACUCUAUCUCUAGGAUGCAGCAGCAUGAAAAUGGAGGUGGAUCCAUAAUUGAUGCUUCUGUUGUCAGCUCAUACAGUCCUGCAUCAUCUGUAGGUAAUCAUCAAGGAUUACAGGCUACAUCACCUAAUACGGGCUUCUAUUCUCAUUAUCAAGAUAACUCACCUGUGAUUCAUAACGAGUCCACUUUUGGAAUUACAUUCAAUGGGCCCAGUACUCAAUUUGACCUGUCAUCAUGGAAUGAAAUGACGAAACUGAAUAAAGAGAUCCAUCAAUUGCCUCCAUACCAGUCUCAUGUUCCUUCUGAGCAGCCUCCUUUUACAGAAGGCCCUGGAAUAGAAUCUUUCAGUUUUGAUGAAGUAUAUAGCAAUGGGCUGGAUAUCAAGGAUGAUGGUCAUGCAGACACUGAUAGAGAAGCACUGUGGCAGCUUCCAAGUGCUAAUGAUGGUACGACUACUGAAUUUCUUCAGCUUCCAAGUGCUAUUGAUGGCAGGACUACUGAAUUUCAGCUUCCAAGUGCUACUGAUAGUACAUUUGCUACAGUGGACAAUUUUGAACAACACAGUAAACUUUUGGAGGAAGCCAUUAAUUUCCCUGUCCUGAAAACUCAAUCAUCUAAUCUUUCUGAUAUCCUGAAGAACAGCUUUAAGAAAAGUGAUAGUUUUACUAGAUGGAUGAGCAAAGAACUUGCUGAAGUAGAUGAUUCCCAAGUAAAGUUCAGUUCUGGAUUGUACUGGAACAGUGAAGAUGCUGACAAUAUCAUUGGAGCAUCGAGCCGUGAUCAGUUGGAUCAGUUUACUCUGGACCCAAUGGUUGCACAAGAUCAGCUGUUUAGUAUAACUGAAUAUUUUCCAAGCUGGACAUAUGCAGGUUCGAAGACUAGGGUUCUUGUUACUGGUAGAUUCCUAACUUCUGACGAAGUUAUAAAGCUCAAGUGGUCGUGUAUGUUUGGAGAAGUCGAAGUUCCAGCAGAUAUUUUAGCAGACGGGACUCUCAGGUGCUAUUCUCCCUCGCACAAACCUGGCAGGGUCCCUUUUUAUGUGACUUGCUCCAACAGGUUAGCCUGCAGUGAAGUACGAGAGUUUGAAUAUCGACCAAGUGAUUCUCAAUACAUGGAUGCUCCAAGUCCACAUGGUGCUACAAACAAAAUAUAUCUCCAGGCGCGUCUUGAUGAAUUAUUGUCUUUGGGACGAGAUCAGCAAGAUGAGUUCCAGGCAGCUUUAUCUAACCCCACAAAGGAGUUGAUUGAUUUGAACAAGAAGAUAACCUCAUUGAUGACAAACAAUGAUCAGUGGUCUGAAUUGCUAAAGUUCGCUGAUGAUAAUCAGCUUGCCCCUGAUGAUAGGCAGGAUCAGUUUGUUGAAAGCGGUAUCAAAGAAAAGCUGCAUAUCUGGCUUCUCCAUAAAGCAGGAGGUGGUGGCAAAGGUCCCAGUGUGUUAGAUGAUGAAGGGCAGGGCAUUCUUCAUCUGGCAGCUGCUCUAGGAUAUGAUUGGGCGAUAAGGCCAACAAUAACUGCUGGUGUAAGCAUAAAUUUCAGAGAUGUUCAUGGAUGGACCGCACUUCACUGGGCAGCAUUUUGUGGCAGAGAGCGAACAGUUGUUGCUCUUAUAGCAUUAGGUGCGGCUCCUGGAGCUUUGACGGAUCCAAGGCCUGAUUUCCCUUCAGGACGCACACCAGCUGAUCUUGCGUCGUUCAAUGGGCACAAGGGAAUUUCUGGUUUCCUGGCAGAGUUUUCUUUAACAAGCCAUCUUCAAACCCUCAACCUGAAGGAAGCCAUGGGGAGCAAUGCAUCAGAGAUAUCUGGCCUACCUGGUAUUGGAGAUGUUACCGGAAGAACUGCGUCACCAUCAGCAGGUCAAGGUCUUCAGGCUGGAUCGAUGGGAGAUUCACUAGGUGCUGUGCGGAAUGCUGCCCAGGCUGCUGCUCGGAUAUAUCAAGUUUUCAGGGUGCAGUCCUUCCAGAGAAAGCAAGCAGUUCAGUAUGAGGAUGACAAUGGUGUGAUAUCAGAUGAACGUGCCAUGUCACUCUUGUCUUAUAAACCAUCUAAACCAGGACAGUUCGAUCCCAUGCAUGCUGCUGCAACUCGAAUACAAAACAAAUUCCGUGGAUGGAAGGGAAGAAAAGAAUUUUUGCUUAUUAGACAGCGAAUUGUCAAGAUCCAGGCUCAUGUGCGAGGUCACCAAGUGAGAAAGCAUUAUCGCAAAAUAAUUUGGUCUGUCGGGAUAGUGGAGAAGGUUAUAUUGCGAUGGAGGCGGCGAGGAGCUGGGUUACGCGGGUUUCGGUCUACAGAAGUUGCAACAGACAGCAGCACUAGUAGCAGCAGCGUUGAUGUAAUCCCAGUUAAACCUGCAGAGGAUGAUUAUAACUUCUUGCAAGAAGGACGGAAGCAAACUGAAGAAAGACUGCAGAGAGCUCUUGCCAGAGUGAAGUCCAUGGUUCAGUACCCCGAAGCCCGGGACCAGUAUCAGAGGAUUAUGACUGUCGUAACAAAAAUGCAGGAAUCGCAGCCUGUGGAAGAAAGUAUGCUUGAGGAGUCGACGGAGAUGGAUGAAGGCUUUUUGAUGAGUGAAUUCAAAGAGCUCUGGGACGAUGACAUGCCGUUGCCGGGCUAUUUCUAGGUCCUAACGAAGUGGUGUUUGUUUCUUGUAAAUUACCUCUGAUUUGUUUGGUAGUCUCACCAGAUAGAUGAUAGUGACUAAAUUGCCCUGUCCAUUAUGGUUUGAGUUUUUGUUGGUCUCUUGGUUGUCUAGCUCUAGUGGCCCCUUGUACAGUAUAUCCAUCCUGGAGGAAAAUGUAUGUGGAUUAUGAAACUGAAACCGUCCAGUUAGUUGCCUGGAAUUAAACUAGUUAAGCUUGGAUGCUCAUGAAGUUUUUUUUA